AUGGCUUUAGCAUCUCCCAAAGCGACCUCCCUCCGCGUCGGUGUCCUCCUCAUCCCACCUGUUCAACUUCUCGAUGCCUCUGCCAUUGACGUCUUUGGCAUGCUCAGUCCUGAUUACCUCACAUCAUGCGGUCUGCCGCAGCCGCUCCUCGAUCUGGCCAUCAAAGUAUCCAUUCACUACAUCAGCGCCUCCGGGCCAGACACCCACGCCGAAAUGACCUCUUCCGCAACACUGCCAGUGACUGACUCAUUGGACUCCCCGGCGGUACAGCCUGGUCAGCUGGAUACAUUGCUCAUCCCUGGUCCAGACCCAAAUCUUGUCCCGAACAAGGCCGUGCUUGACUUUAUCCAAGCACAUCAAAAGGCCGAGGCGACGGAUAUCUUAGUCAUCUGUACAGGCAGUUUCCCCGCAGGAUAUGCAGGAUUGUUGGAUGGAAAGCGGGUUACAGGUCCGAGGGGACUAUUGCCGAAGUUAAAGGAGAAGUUUCCUGCCGCAAGAUUCGUGGACAGGAGGUGGGAAAGGGAUGGCCGUCUCUGGAGCUCUGGCGGAAUAACCAAUGGCCUCGACUUGACCGCCGCUUACCUACACUACAAGGUGAAAACGGAGCUGGCCGACCUUGUCUGCGCCAUGGCCGAAAUCGGCGAUCGUAAUCAGGACUACAACUCCAGCCGGGCGACCACAACGCUCUGGUGGGUUUGGCUGAUUGUUAGGUCUCUGGUCGCAAGCAAAAGCAAAGCCAAGGACAAAGGCAACAAGGAUGGAAAGUCAGUGUAG